AAACCGCUUGACACACACAGAACAAACAGUGUAUACAGAAAACAAAAUCAGAUUUUCAAAUACAAACCACCUCAAUAGACGACUACCCAGUGGAGUGAUCAAAACAUGGACCCAGGCAGAAAAAAUCAAUCAGAAGGUCAAGAUUCUCUUGUACUUCCAAGAAUUCAGACAUCAAGCAAUUCUUUGGAGCCAUUUGCCACUAGAUCUACAGGCCCUGAUAAAAUGCUCUCUACUGAUCUGCCAGUAACUGAAACAGCAAUAAAGCAUGGAAUACAAGAAGAUGGCAAAGACAGGUCUGCUUGUUUGCUAAGCAUUCCAAAAGACAGCCCUCUUUUUCAGAGACACUGGAUAACUAUAAAUGAUUUGAAUUCUCCCGAGCAUGGGAAUGAAGACCCUCUGGUAUAUAUGGAGAAAAUGCAGAAAGCCAUUGGGCAAGUAGUAAGUGUGAAGGCUAACUUGGAUCAUUGUAUCAAAGAGAAGCUCAGAGAAGGUGAAGAGAAGUUGAGAAGGCUAUCAAUUAGUGAGUGUGAAUUGAAGGAAGACUUAAAACUUUGCCGAGAAGAGAGAGAAGAGUAUAAGCAAAUGCAUGCCACAGCCACUGAGACAGUUGCAGAAACAAGACAGUAUUUCCAAAAACAGCUAGAUGCACUCAAAGAGAAGAACCGACAGGCUACAAAGACACACGAACAGAGAGAAACUGAUCUUCGAUAUACUGUCCAGACACAAGACAAAUGCCUCAAUGAACUGGAGGCAAAGCUAAGACGCCGUGAUUCUGACUUGAAGAAAUUCAAUACCAAGAUCAAAGACAAACAAGGUGAGGUUGAGCAGCUAAGAGAGACUCUGAGACAGAAAGAGAGGGAACUUAAACAAAUGGAAACAGAGCUGGAGUCUAAAGCAUGUGACGUACAAGUGCUUAAGAGAAGGACGAAUGCUAUGGCAAUAAACGAGCAGCAAAAGACGGUUGGAGAGCAAAUGAAGAAAUGCCAAGACAUUGGGGAAUUGCUAGAGCGCUUCUCACAAGUUACUAAGCAAGAAGAUUUGGAGAAACUAAACAAUCAGAUAAUGGAGGACAUUACAAAAAUGAAAGCCUCGAUGAAAAACAAGAAAUCUUUUUCUUGGCGAUAAACAUUGUUAACAGUAACAUGCACAUACAGUUGUUGUUUACGCUCAAUGCCUAUUUUAAUUAACAUUUAUUAGAACUUUAUUAGCACCUUCACAUUAACCAUAAUUUGAUGUUUGAUUCAUAUCAGAAGAACAUUCGAGUCAACCCCACUAAAUUAGCCACGCGAAUCUCUCAGAGCAGUUGACUGUUCAUUAUUAUUAUACAACAGUUCUAAAA